CUGCUGCUUGGUGUAACGCACAAACCGAACCCCUUCGCCGAAUGGGAUGGCACUUUCAAUCUCCCUGAGCAGUCUGAAAUCAGAGCCGCAUGUGCUCAGCUUGUCGAGUCGUUCGGAAACGAUGAGACGGACCGCUUAGCGCUCACCAGCGACGUCGAAAGCAUAAUAACGUUAUACUGCAAGUCUCAGAAGAAGCGAUUCGAACGCAACAGUGGUCUCAUAGAAGUUUUGCAGAUGAUGGUCAUGUUUCAGUUGCCAAAAUCCGACCUUUAUAACGUCUUCUUCGCGUUUGUUACAAAGUAUAUUCCGAGGUACGUGGACUGCGUCAAGGAUGGUCGGCCGUUUGACCUAUUUCGUUUGCUUGUUUUGUACCAUGACCCAGAGUUGUGCUCUUUUCUGGAUUCACACAAAGUUUUUCCGCAUGAUUACGCUGAAAGCUGGUUCAACUGUUUGUUUGCCUCUACCUUUCAGCUGCAAGUCGCCCUGCAGCUGCUGGACCUGUAUUUGCUGCAAGCAGAUCCAUUUCAAGAUACGACUGUUCGUUACUUUGUCGUCGACGCAAGGCCUACGGCUCAGUUUAGAAGUGGCCAUCUCUUCGGUUCCUACAACAUUGACUCAUCGCAAUACGUUCUUGAUCUGAGGAAAUUUCAAUCAUCCGUACGAGAGAUGGAAGCUUUCAAAUUGCAUCUCAGACCGCUUCAUCAUUGGUGUUUUCUCGGCAGUGGUCGCGACGAAGAAGAUCGCUAUGUUCAUAUGGUUGUGUCGCAUUUUCUGAAACAAGGCACUCCUCUAGUCAGCUUAGUUCACGGCGGCUAUUUCGGUAAGUGA